AUUAAAAGCGUGUAAAUAAAUUCACUUCCUUUAGUUAACGAUCAGUAUAAUUAUGGCACCAUGUCCUGGAAACAUAACCUGAUGUGAAAUAAAACGAAACCGAACAAUGUGGGCGGCCGCACUGUAGCAAAUGGAGUCACGAAGGCUGACACAGCAGCGAGAAGCCUUACAGUGAGCCUUUAGGUUUUAUGUAAGCCUUGUCAGCUGACGCCGGUCUUUGCUGAAUCAUGCUUGCAAUACAGUAUCACUAACUCCGCCUCAUCGGGAAGCGAACCAGCCAGUUAGCCUUCUAGAUCAGUCUGCGAAGGCGACGUAAUAAAGCCGGCGUGAGCAGCGGACCUCGUGCACUUUAAGGAGCUUACUGAAGCGAGCUGAACUUCGAAUCAGAAAGUGAGAAAUCGCCCACAAUGUCUUUUGACAUGAAGAAGUUGACAAGUGACCAGCCUGCCCUGCCUGUGGUGAUAGUCGGAAAUGGGCCAUCUGCAAUCUGCCUGUCGUAUAUCCUCUCGGGUCACAGACCCUACAUUAAGAAUGGAGCUGUCCACCCAAACCCGAUUCUCCAAAAGAAAUUGCAGCAGAUAGGCGAUUGCCCUUUAUUGGAUCAGGAUCUUGAGUAUCUGGCAGAAGGUGUGGAGGGCCGCUCCCAGAAUCCUAUGGCUGUCCUGUUUGAUUCCCUAGUUAGACCAGACAGAGAUUUUGGUGGAACAGCUGAUUCGGUGCUUACAUGGAAGGAGGAUCACAAGGAUCAUAUCCAGCAUCUGGUAUUGGGCAAAGGUCCUCCUGGGGGCUCCUGGCAUUCUUUUGACGGUUCGAUGACCACGUUGAGUCUUGGUGAAUGGAUGGAGCUUCCAGGUUUAAACUUCAGAGACUGGAUAAGAAGAAAGGGCAGGAACCUAAGGAACGACAGAGCUACAACCAAAGAUGUCGCCCAGUACUAUCAGCACUAUGUUAAGGUCAUGGGUCUGAAGAAAUAUUUUGCCAGUGGGACUUUGGUGACUUCUGUCAAGCCAGUUGACUUGUCUUCACUUCAGAGGACAUCUCUGAGUCUGCAUUCUACUGAGGACUUGAGUAAGAAGUUGUAUGAGAUCAAGGGAGUUUGUCUGUCCAAGGAGGCACCAGAGACCCCUUUCUGUGUAUAUGCAGAGAAUGUGGUUUUAGCAACGGGUACUUAUGACAGCCCAGCCCACCUUGGAGUGGAUGGGGAAGACUUCCCUUUUGUCUACCACAAGAUCUCUGAUCUAGAAUCCGCUGUUGAAGAGCAGAGACUCGGUCCAAAUUCGGAUCCUAUCUUGGUAGUUGGGGCAGGCCUGACAGCAGCAGAUGCAGUGCUACUGGCCCACCACAGAAAUGUUCCAGUCCUUCACACCUUUCGUAGAGGCUUGAAUGACUUGGGUCUCAUCUUCAACCAGCUUCCUCAGAUGAUGUACCCGGAGUACCACAAAGUCCACCAGAUGAUGAGAGAGCAGUGCUGUCCUCCUUGUAAAUGUUAUUCUGGGUACAGGAGCUUCCCACUCCACCAUGUGAAAAGCUUCUCUUCAGACAAGACAUGCGUCCUUGAGAGCACAAAAGAGGGAAAGAAAGUCUUCCGAAUCUCAAUGGCAUUUGUCCUUAUUGGAUCAAACCCUAACCUUUCCUUCUUGGCCAAUAGUGGAAAACAUUUAACUGUUGAUCAAGAGCAUGAGGUGAACUGUAAACGCAACCCCAUAGACACGCACCCCUUCACGUACGAGAGCCUGCAGGAGCCGGGCCUGUACGCCAUGGGGCCGCUCGCGGGGGACAGCUUUGUGCGCUUUCUGCAGGGUGGGGCGUUGGCGGUUACUGCCUCUUUAGUGAAGAAGAGGAAGGUACAGACUGUCAGGUAACUGCGGUUGGUUACAAUUUGGAAUAACGUUUCAAAUGAAAUGUCAUAUCAGUGUAAUGAAUAUUUCAAAAUUGAAAUUGUUGUAACACACAAACUUUAUUAUGCGUGUGUGUUAUUGUUUAUACAUAUUAUUGUAUUUUAAUAUAUCUAUAAAACUGUAAGGAUUAUUUUUUAUAUACUUCCUCCUCAGUGGGAAGCAAAUUCAGAAAAUUACCGGAAGGAUUUUUUGUAAGUGUAAUAUUAUAUUGUGUGUAUUUUUUUCUUCUUUUUUUGGGGGGACCCUUUAAAAACCCUCCAGAUUUGGUGGUUCAUGUCUGCCAAAACGUUCUUGGGAUUGUUACGUUCCAUUCUGUUUAAUUAUUGCUAGUGUAAUCUUUCUGUAGUGCAGAUCUCUUUUAACAAUGCACUCAGUUAAGAGCCGUUUCCAUGUUGCCUGUCUAAAUCUCGAUGUGCUCAGCGCGUCUUUAGAUUUUCUCUGUAUAGCCCGAGAUCAAGCAUUAUAAUGGGACUAAGAAUUUUAUGGCAGAUUGACACAAUUCCGACUUCCCUGGACUUGAUUUGACUCAAUUCACAUUGUGUGUGCGGCACGCUGACAAGUUAGGUAAGUUUGACACUCUUGUUAAAAAUCCUAAAAACACUGAAGUUGGUUCAUGGGAACUUUCUUGUCAUCCUUAUCAUUUAGAGUAAACAAACAAAAAGAAGUAAAGUUGUAAAAAAUGAAAGGUUCUAGAUUUCUGUUUUCAGCCAUUUCUGGUCUGCCGUCAAUUUACGUUUAAUGCUUUGAAAGUUGUAGCUGGCUCAGGAACGAUGACUUCGAUGUUUUGAAGAAAAUGUAUCCAAAUGUUUCCAUGCUGUCAUCGUCGUACGUUAAAUACGAAGGAAAGUGUUUCUGUCUGUGAAAAAGGUCAAUAUUUUUAGUCAAGUGUUUGUGAUUUAACUAGUUCUAAUAAAAAUUAUCUCAAGCA